AUGCCUAUCCGUCUUCUUUCCCUUCCCACCAAAGAUUUUCAAUACACUCUAAACUGUAUGAAUGAUGGCGAUUUAAUAGCCUUCUCAUUAUGCUCCAAACAUUCCAAAAAUCUCACAAAAUCAUUGAAUCGAAAAAAUUGGAAAACCCGCGCCCGUGUCUUCGAAGAUAGUGUACAACUUGAUCUAAUCGUAUGCCGCUAUGAAGAAGUUCAAAAUCAAGACGAAAAUGAGAUUUAUAUCUCGCUCGACACAAGCUCCAGAAUCGAACCGUACCGUGAUUGCGGAGUGGCUACGGAAAUGAACCGUUGGAGGAAACCAGAAUUCACUGGGACCCACUGGCUUGCUCAUUUUUUGAGCAUCUUUAAUGAAUCAAUGGUUCCGGUUCUAAAGAUCACUAGGGAAUGCAAAAUGGCUUUUCUGAAUACGUUUAUCUUCCCAAAGUGUCCAAUUCUUCGAUUCGAAAGAGAAUGCACAAAUGAGCUCAUCGAACAAUGUGUUUCGAAGUUAUCAGCAGAGCAUUUGUGGAUGAUGAGCAAUCAUCGAUUUUAUCGCCCCAAAUCGAUUCAAUUAAAUUUAAUGGAACGAAUCAGUGGGGACCGAAUUUUAAAGGGAAUCAGAUACGAGAUUUUGGAUGGUCCACGUUAUGGAUUUCUUUACCGAUUGAAGCGGGCUGAUGAAAAGGAGCUCGAGGUUUCGAUUCGACUCGGACGCGACGUCAUUUCCAGCAAAAUGAAAAACUACGAAGCGUGUGAAACGGAAAAUAAAUCAGUUGCCUGUGAGGUUCCAGGCGACAAAAUCGACGGUGGAGUGAUUUGCGGGAAUUCAAAUUUUGAAAUUGAUGAAGGAAUAAAUUCAUCGGCGAAUUUCGCAAUUUUGGAUGUUUCCCAUAGAGAUCAUGAGCAUUCGAAACGGCUGGCAGUGGCAAAUUUUGGCGCCAAAUUGAAUUUUUCGAAAAAUGAUGGAGUGGAUGUUGGAAUUGAUGCGGACUUGGUUAGAUAUGCAUACGAGGGAGAGAAUUUCAAGGUUGGCACUGGCUUAAGCUACUCGACGGGAAUCAAAUUUCAGCCAGAAAGUGUGAAAAUCCAAGUUUUGGGUUAUGGAUUCGAAUACGAUAAUGAUGGUUUUGGGCUGAAAAUUCCACUUCUGGACUUGAAAUUCAAAUGGUGGUAA